AUGAGUUUCCGCAGAUCUUCCAGGUAUACGUGGAAACGUCAACUCGCUGGCUUGAAGGAGGAAGAAAGUGGGGAUGAGUCUGAUGACUCCUUGAAUUCCACCAUUUCGAAAAAUCCGAGGGACCGUGAGAUCUCUUUACUGAUCAAACGUUCGGAUUCUUGUAUUUCGCAAGCCACCGAUAUAAUCGCCAAGAACGAAAUCUCUCAAGAUGACCAAGGUUGUUCAGACAGUGCUUCGAGCCCUAUCAAACUGAACGAUGGUGGCCUUCCAUAUAAGCCCGAAAUGCGAAACCUAGCUCCUGGUCGACUUGCAUUUAGAAAGGCCGACGAUGCAUUCUGUCAGGAGCAGCAGCUAUGGAGAAGUAUCAUAGAAUCAGAUAGUCACCGAGCUACUUUCGAAGAGCUGCGCUGGGCAAUCCGCUUGGGGGGUUGGAAGAAUGACAACCCACAAAAAAAGCUCACCGAGCUGAUCAAAACCCGAUCGGAGGAAAUCAAGAAAACUAAAGCCAAAAUUGAGGAGAUCACAGAGGCUAAGAACCUGCUUUCUAAGACAAUCGAAGCCUGUGAGUCACAGGUGAACGAAGCCGACGCUAGUAUGCGCAAACUCCAACUCCCAAGGAUUGAGGAGGAUGCCAGGAAAAAAAAAUCGGAGAUGGAGAAAGCCACCGAAGAGUACCUAGGUGGAAUGUCAGAUCUCGCGUACUACGAGGAAGAGCAAGAAUGGUCGAAGCAAAACUUGGAAUACCUGAAUGGCAGAAUGGAGGUCAGGUCUGGUCAAGUAGAGGAAGCCGCAAAUGACGAAGGCAACACGACUGACGACGUUGAAUCUCUUGUUUCUAAGGGGAAAGAUAGAGUUGAGGGCGCCACGAAGGAAGAGGUCCUGGAAUUUUUGCAUGAUCCUGCAGCAGAAGACGCGGAGCAGAGUACAAAUGGACAAAAGCAAGGGGGUGAUGCAAACUCCCAAGACGAGAAGAAUGAAGAAGAGAAGGAGGAAGAAAAUGAAGUGGAGGAGAAUGAGGAGAGGGAGGAGAGGGAAGAGAAGGGGGAUGUGGAGGACGGCGGUGUAUUGGAGAAGGAUGCACGACUGAUCGCAUCUGAUAUAGAACAAACAAAGCGUUACUUGGAUCAUAUUGGGGAAUAUCUUGAAAAGCAAAAAAAAAAAAAUGAGAGAUUGGAAAAACGUCGUGACGAAGCUUGGCAUGAAUACCAGAAACUGAGUAAGGAGAGUGCAAUGACGAGAAGGAAAGCAGACGAAUUGGCCCAGAAUUUGACGACUUUCCGUGGGAAACUAGACAACCUGGGAGAGAAAAGGAGACAGCUGGAGAAAUUUGAGGAGCAGCAGAGACAGUAUGUCGACAAGCUCGAGAAUGAAGCAGGAUUAGCCAAGAAGAAACAAGGAAUUCUGGACCGUGUGGUGAGCAGCAUUGAAGAAAAAGUGCAGAAAGAAAUUGUCGACCAUUUUUCGGAGCCUGAACCCAUUGCCAGCACACGAUCCAACACACGAUCCAGCACAGAUUCUGACGCGGAAGACAGUCUGCGUCGACGCGUUGAAGAUCACCUUUCGAAGACCAAACUGAUAAGAUAUCUCGACACUAAACAGGACGAAGCCCUCGCUGCUCUCAGGACGGAAGUUAAACAAAAUUCCGUUCUGAACUUAGCUGACGAUGAAAUCGACGAACUGCUUAAGGUUAACUGUGCCUUGUUUGUGGCCCAGCCACUUGACAGAUCGAAGAGUGCAAAGGGAGAUAUCUAUAUGGACCUCAAAGAACGUGAGUUCCGGCUGCUGGUCCUGUGUAAGGCACCCAACAAAUACCACCCGCUCAUUGCCCGUCUUCGAAAGGACAUUUUCCAAGAGAAGACAUCUGACGCGGAGAGACCCGACGAGGAGGGAGGCUACGCAGCGCUUUCCUACUCUUGGGGUGAUGGAUCAGCGAACCGCCCCAUUUACUUGCUCCCCGAUGGGAAAGACCGAAUUGAGGAUUCAUUUUCCCUGCUAAUCCGGGAAAACCUCUUCUGUGCAUUACACCGAUUGCGGAGGGAAGACAAGAAUGUGACCCUGUGGGUGGAUGCCCUGUGCAUUGACCAGGAAAAUACCGCAGAGAAAACCAGUUAG